AUGGUACAAGCGAGUGGACAACAAACUACAAGAUUCAGUUAUCAAUGGAUGGUAUCAACGCUGUCACCUACCAAGAAACCAAUGUUGACAAGACAGAAGGGCUCUGCAGGGUGUUAUUCCAUCUGGAAUAUUACCAGUGGAUCGACAUUAAGCAGACUUGUGACUGGGCUCGAAAAGUACACAGAAUAUGAGUUUCAAGUCCUGGCGUAUACUUCUGAUGGUGAUGGACCAAAGGGCCCUGUUAAGGUUGAGAGAACACAGGGAGAUGGUUGUGUUCAGUAUGAUCUUGGAAUGGAGGGUGGAAACAUUCCAGACAGUAGGAUAACUGCUUCUUCUUCCAGGACACCAGCCAAGAAUGGUCGACUAAACUAUGCAUUAGGAGCACCAUGGUGUGCAGAAACAAAUGACACUAGCCCUUAUCUACAGGUUGAUCUACAGACACUUCAUAUCCUCUGUGCUGUGUCUACUCAAGGGAAUUCUCAAGCAGAUCAGUGGGUGAAGGACUACACACUACAAAUAUCCACAGAUGAAACAACUUGGACAGACUACAAGGAAGGCGGACAAGUCAAGUUUCUAAGAGGAAAUGAUGACAGGAACUCAGAAGUGAAGCAUGUUGUUUAUGGAGUGUUAACAAGAUUCUUACGAUUUCUGCCACAAACACACCAGGGUGGAGUGUGCAUGAAACUAGAGGUGUUUGGAGUAGAAAAAGUUUCAGAUGAGGAGUUUUUGAUACUAUACGACUUCUUCGAGCCAAGAAAUCCGGAAUUCCCUCACAAAGCUUACGCCAAAUUCGACCUAGAUGAGAUGGCCGAGUCUGAGAGUCUCGCAGAGUUUAGAUUCAGGAAAAGAGACAUUUUCUUGCUGGCAGAGGUUUUGGACAUUCCGGAAACCAUACGAUGCGACCAAAGAUCGAUUUGUGGUGGAAUAGAGGGCUAUGUAUGCUGCUUAGGUGGUUUUCAUAUCCAUGCAGAUACGGAGACAUGA